AUGCCAGUAAAACACAAAAGCAAGAAGAAAGAUAAAAGCUAUCAGAUACAUGAUAUUAAUUUUAUGAGUCGGACAGAAUUGAAAAGCCAUAUUUCAAACUUGGAAUCUGAAAUGAGGAAAAUGCGAAUUGACUUGAGAAUUCAUACUAUGCAUAACAGCAACCUUUCUAGUUUUUUAAGCGAAAAGCAAGAAGAUUAUUUCUUCGCCAUACAAUCAUCAGCCACAACUGGUAGGCAAGUAAUAGAUUCCGUCGAAAAAUUAAAACACAGACUAAAGGAAGCCAAUAUGAAAACAGAGUUUCUAAAACUUAGACAGAAUCGAGAACACAACUUGGAACAGCAUAACAAAUAUCUUUCUAUCUUGAUAGGUUAUGAUAAGGACAUGGUUAAAAAGAAAGAACGUAGAAACGUAGAAAGAAAAUUUGAAGAAGAUCAGUGUUUGUCUAUGAUGGCCACAAAAUACAUGGCUGACCAUGAUUUCUUUAGUAAAUUUGAUAAGUUACCACAGGCGUUAACAUUCAGUCAAGUUUCGAAAAUACGGAAAAGUUUGCAAGACUGCAGUGUUGCAAAGAAACAUAUACAAGAUCGAUGUAAUAUAUAUUCACUUCAUGAUCAGUCUUUUGAAGGAUUUCCAACAAAUGUUGCAUCGAAAAUGAAGGAUUAUUUUCACGACUUGAGUCACUAUAGCAUAAAAGCUAUUCGUAUACUCGAAGCAAAAGUAAACGAAUUACAAGAAAAGUUUUGGUGCAUUACUCGCGCAAUAAAUAAAGCUUUAGAGGAAAACAAAAAUAUAAAAGAAAGGCAAAAUCGUGAUCUUGAAUUAGAGAGAUCUAGAAUAAUCAAACAAAAUCGAAGUAAUGCUGAAUUAAAAAAUAGCACUGAAUUAGAUAAACUGCUUCUAAGAAAUGAAGAACUAACGCAAGAACUUGGAAAAAGUAAAACGGGAUUCAAGAAUUUAAAGUCACUGUUUCUAUCUUCGGUUUCCAAGUUUUACGAAAAAGCAGAGUACAGAGCUUUUGUUGCAGAAGAAAUUUUGCAAGUAGCAUUGGCUAUCGAAAAAUACAAAUCUGAUGUGACUGUUAUUGAGAGAGAACAAACUAAUGGUGAACUGGGACAUUUCAGUUUAACACCAAAUCGCCAAAAUUUGACUGAAAGAUUGACAAAACUAAAACUGAAAAUACAAAAUUCUAAUACUUUAUUUAUACCGCCACAGUUUCACUGA